AUGAGUGACGCCGGAACUACGGCGAAGGCGACCGGCGGGGGACCCCCCCGCCUGCUCAAAUCCCUCAUCUUCAUCGCCUGGACGGCCGUGGCGAACGCCCAGCGAUUGGGGGCGCCCUGGGCGCGGCGCGUCGCUCUCGCCGCCCCAUCUCGGGUCGCGGCCGGCGUCGACUGCUCGUCCUGGGACGGCGACCAUGUCGGAUGCUCUGGGUGUGUGACGAGCGGCGAGUGCGUCUACAAUGAGCGGACCUCCCUCUGCGAGACCGUGGCGGACACGGAGAAGUGCCCCGCCGGCGACUUCGGGCCCACGGGCGGCGAGGAGUGCGACUACGAGGACCUCAAGUGCGAGAUGUUUAGCGACGAGUGCUUGGGGUGCGCGGACGAGUGCUCGGACGGCGGCUUUGAACGGUGCGACGACGUCCUCGCGAUCUGCGGCAUCGGGAAGGACCUCGGCGAACAUCACGAGGACGCGAUCGAGAAGAUCGAAGAAGAGGUCGAGGAGCUCGGGGGCGACGCAAAGCACCCCUGCGCGGCCACGCCCUGCCUCGAGGGCAAGUUCAAGAAGUGCGCGAUGGCCGUCGAGGCGUGGUGCGCGCCCGUCGCGACGGGCGGCAUCUUCCCGAACGGCGAACCGGAGGUCGCGCCCGCGACGACGUGCACCGCCGAGGGCUGCUCGGCGUUCAUGAAGAACUUGCGCGCGAACGCCGUCGACGACGUUGACUACGGCGGCGAGUGCCCCUACGCCGGCGGCGUCUGCGACGACGCCGCGUGCUCCGGGGACGUCGCGCUCGGCGCCGUGACCGUCAGCGAGGACUGCGGCGAGCGGUCCGUCGUCGAGCAGGACAUGGCCGAGUACCUGCGGCGCUUCGCCGAAGGCGAGGCGCCGGGGUCGGACGUCCACACCUACUGGCUCGACGCGCUCACCGAGCGCUGCCUCGCGCGGAGCGCGCACGACGGCCUCACUCUGCCGCGGGCCUCGGACCGGCUCGCGCGCGACGUCGGCCCCGCGCUGACGGGCGACUGCGCCGCGGGCGCCUGCGAGGACUCGACGUGCCCCCUCGGCGCGUCGUUCGUCGAGGGCGGCGCGGACGUGGCCGUGACGUGCGCCGUCGUCGGCGAGCGGCGCUGGUGCGCGCAGGCCGAGCUCAACGCCGUCGUCGACGUCAAAGCGACGUGCCCCUGGACCUGCGACGCGGCCUGCGGCAACGGCGACGCGUCGCUCUCGGUCGAGGACGAGCACCGCGCGGCCGUCGGCGCGUGCGCGGCCGUCGUCGUCGGCGCGUGCGCGACGGACGACGCGGACGACGCGUGCGCGCCGCCGGCGACCUGCGACUGCGAGGGGCAGGGCUACACGGGCUGCCCCUGCGAGGCCGAGGGCUGCGCGGCCGUCGACGCCGCGCCCCUCUGCGACCGGGCGCUCUGCGCGCCGUUCAAGGCCGAGGUCGUCCGCGCGGUCGAGGCCGCGGGCGGCGUCCAGCCCGUCGACGAGCACUGGCUGCGCGGCGCCGUCGCGCCGGGCACGUUCGCGGCCCACGGCGAGCCCUGGACCAUGCCGGACUUCGACGCGCUGGCCGCGUCCGACGCCGGGACGGCCUGCGGCGCGCUCGCGCGGUCCGUCUACGACUGCGUCGAAACGACGGCGGCCUUCUGCAACGAGAUCGACUGGGAGGACGAGGCCUGCGGCCGCGCGUCGACGUGCGGCGACGGCCUGCUGACCUGGGGCGAGGACUGCGACGACGGCGCGCACUUCGAGGCCCAGGACGGCUGCGUGGGCUGCCGGAGGGACCCGCGGAAGGCGUGCGCCGUCGCCGGCGAGGCCUGCGCGACGUGCGUGCGGCCCGACGCCUGCGACGGCGCCGGGUCCUGCCCCUUCUGCUCCCUCGUCGCGGCGGCGUUCCACGAGGCGCACCCGGACGCGGCGAGCCCCUGCGACCCGGCGAGCCCCUGCGUCGGCGGCCGCGUCGUCGACCUCGAGACGGCGCGCGCGUGCGACGCGCGCGUCGACGCGUGGUGCGCCGCGCUCGACGCCUUCGGCGCGAGCGACCCGGCCUGCGGCAUCUACGAGCGCAAGGCGGCGACCUACGCGACGCCCCGGGUCGUCGGCGGCAACUGCAGCUACUUCGUGCGGUCCGUCGACGUCGUCGCGCCGGGCAUGGACGCCGUGUCCGUGCUCGUCGUCGAGUGCGAGUUCGCGCGCGAGGAGCUGCCCGGCGAGGACGCAACGCCCCUCGCGGCGCGGGCGCACCCCUACUGCGGCAUGGAGGCGGCCGACAAGCGCGCGCUCGACGGCUCCGUGCGCGCGAAGCUCUCGGGGCUCCUCGGCGGCGCGCGGGCCGACCCCUGCGAGCUCGCGCGCCUCGACGGCGUCGACCUCGCCGAGACCUACGCGCUCGCGGACGUCGGCAUCUACGAGGGCUCGGGCGGGGGCAAGCGGGCGCUCGCGGACCCGCGGUCGCCGACGGCGCGCGUCUUCACUUCGGAGGGGCGCUUCAGUCAGUCCGACUGCGCCGCCGACGAGGACUAUGACUUCGACGGCGACGGCGUCGCGCUCGCCACGCUCACGCCGUGCGUCGACCCCUUCCAGGAGGCCGCGCGCGCGGCGGCGUCCUACCUCAAGUGGAAGGCGACGCACGAGGCCGACAAGGACCCGCGCUUCGCCUCCUUCGCGGACCUGGACGUCGACGGCCUCCCCGCGUGCGCCGCGGCCGACGUCCGCGGGAGCGCGUACGUCGGCGUCCGCGUGCUCGGCGCGGUGAAGGGCGGGCAGCUCGACGACGGCGCGGACGAGUCGCGAGCGCUCCUCGACGCGCUCGCGGCGGGCGACGCCACGCUCUCCUUCGGGCGGCGGCUCGUCCAGGCCGACGUCGGCUGCGUCGACGAGACGUGCGCCUACGGCGUCGAGCGCUGCACGGCGCUCGGCCUCGCGCCGUCGACGCGCGUCGCGUCGGACGCGACCCGCUUCUCCGCGAAGAUGGCGGACCUCGUCGCGAGCAUCAAGGAUCUCGUCGGCGCGGGGACCAAGGCCGACUACGCGGCGCGCGCGUUCGCCGUCGAGGCGCUCGGCGCGUCGUCGGCGAUCCACGACGCCCGGGCGCUCGCGACGCGCGUGCUGCGCACGACGACGGAGACGGUCUACCUCUACGACCAGGAGGACUACUGCGAGCACGCCGAGUUCGUCCUCGGCGAGCGGAACGAGGCCUGGGAGGAGGACCCGUGCUGCAACCCCAUCCGCCGCUACGAGCAGUGCUGCGAGCGCAAGGACGUGGAGGCGGGGAAGCGCGUCGUCGUCGAGGGCGUCGACGAGGACGUCGCGCGCGACGAGUGCACGGCGUCCGUCGUCGACCGCGUCGCGCACAUCCAGCGGUCCCUCGCGGAGUCGGCGACGUGCCGCGAGAAGCUCGACGUGAGCGACGACUUCGACCGCGACUACGACCAGUUCUGGAAGUUCAAGGACGAGUGCCUGGCCAAGGUCGCGCGCGACACGCUGACGCCCUGCACGGACACGCGCGUCUGCCCCUGCGCCUACUCCAAGUGCGUCCAGAUGGAGGACGACUUCGCGGGCUGCGUGACCGCCAGCGACGACUACGUCAAGUGCGAGGCCGAGUGCCUCCGCGGGGCCAUGGACCCCCUCGCGAAGCGCUUCCUCUACGAGGACUGGGGCAUCGACCCGGGCUUCGGCGCGGACGCCGAAUUCGACGGCAAGUUCUCGCACAAGAUCGGCGAGGGCGUCUGCGUCGAGAGCGGCGACAGCGGCGAGUACUUCGUGCACGACGCGCCCCCGAUCGGCUUCCCUGUGAGCCGCGAGGUCUGCGACGCCGACUGCCAGCUCGAGGAGGCCUGCACGGAGAACGAGUACGAGGAAGCGCUCCGCGACAAGAUCUGCCCGAAGGCGCGCGAGCCGUCGGAGAACGCCGGCUGGGGCGGGACCAUCGACGGCGAGGGCCGCAAGCUGUCGGCGGCGGCCCCGAAGGCGCGCAGGCUGGCGGCCCCGAAGGCGCGCAAGCUGCCGGCGGCGGCCCCGAUGGCGCGGAGGCUGGAGGAGGUCGUCGUCGAAUGGAAGACUGAGAUGGAUGAGUCCGACAUCUUCUUCGAGCAAGGCCAGACCCUAACGUUCGAGUGGGUUGGCAAUCACGACCUGUGGCUGUUCCCGAACGAGGAAGCCUACAACCAGUGCGAUUUCGAAGGCGAAUACGAUGGCGAACGCGCGAUCUUCCUCGAAGGCGAAUACGAGAGCGAACAGUCGAUCUUCUUCGCCGAGGUGUCGGGCCAGCAGAUGCAGGAGUGGGGGGUUCUCGAUGAUGAAGGUGAUCGCGUCGCCUACUUUGGAUGUUCGGUCGGCCGGCACUGCGCCAACCAAGAUAUGAAGGUCAAGGUGACGUACUACUCCGGCGGCGAGGACGGGGACGACUAUGGUUCAUACAACUACGGCGACGACGGCGGCGCCGCGCUCUGCGACUGGGCGAACGACGGAACGCUGUGCGCGGACAACGGCGGCGACUUCUACGAGGACCCGAACGACGCCGACAAGACUUCGUGCACGUUCGGUCCCGAUGCGACCAAGGGCCGGACGCUCGCGUGCGCGGCCUUCGACAAGUGCGAGGAGGACGCGCGGCGCAAGUGCGAGGACCGCCAGGCCUGCCAGCAGGCCGACGGCGUCUGGGUCGCGUCCGCGGGGCCGGAGGGGCGCUGCUGCGCGGGCCACGUCGUCACGGAGGAGGGCGGCGAAAAGGUCUGCACGGCGACGCCGCCGGGGCUCCCCGACAGCGACAGCCUCCGCGACAAGACGUGCUGCCAGGCCAACGGCGCGACGUGGCGCUCGACGGUCGACGGCGGCGAGUGCUGCUACGGCGAGUUCGAGCGGCGGAGCUUCGUCGGGGUCGAGGAGGUCGUCUGGGAGUGCCAGGACGAGGUCUGGAUGGACUGCGAAGACACGGGCUGCGAUCGCAGCGCGUGCGACGCGUGCUCCGCGAAGUACGACUCGUGCUGCGAGCUCAAGGAAUUCACCGUCAACGCGACGGCGUGCCUCGAGGAGGAGCGGUGCAACGACCGCUGGCACUGCGGCGACCCCGCGGAGGGGAACGCGUGCAGCGCCGACGCCUGCUACGUCGAGAACGACCCGGGCUGGUGCGGCACGUGCUGGGGCACGCAGUGCUUCAAGGAGUCGCGGCGGUCCACCUGCACCAUAAACUAUGAAGACGCAACAAAGGAGGAGGUCGAGGCCGAGUGCGCCAAGCUGGGCGACACGGCGUGGGUCGAUUUCCGGAACCGCGACACGGCGUGGGACGGGGGCGCGCUGGUGUGCCACCUGCCCGUCGACGGCGACGCCGCGGACCCGGUCACCGACUGCUUCGCGAGGCUGACAGAAUCGGACGUGGCCGUCGUCGAGAAAUAUUGCUUCGACGACAGGGACGCGCGCGGCGUCGAGGACUACCCGGACGACGCGAUUCCCGCGGUCAACUGGCUCGGCACCGAGUGCAUCAUCGGAUGCUAUUACGAGCAGCAGCAAAGCGACGAAGAUUCGGAGGAGAGGUGUCGCCAUCUCGGCAACAAGCUGAACGCGGACUUACACGACUGGGGGCUCGAGGAUAUGCGCGUCAACGCCCGGGGCGAGCCCUUGUGCUUCCUCCGGUACGCCACGGAGGACCAGUGCGAUGACGUCGACAAGAAGCUGAAAGACAAGAAUCUGGGCGGCGCGUGGUACAACGGCGGCAGCCUCUGGUUCGAGCCCGGCCGGCUGAAGACGCAGGCCGAGUGCGACGAGGGCUGGUGCACGGGCAUCCCGCUGAAGCUCGAGGGCCAGAUCAUCAAGGACUUCGUGGAGGGCGGCUACACUCGCGCGCAGUGCGAGGGCUUCGCCGACGGCACUCAGGACGACGCGAGCCGCUUCUACAGCUGCUCGACGACGUGCUACUCGUGCGUCGCCAAGGUCGAAGCCGAAGAGGACGAGGAGGACGAGGAGGACUUCCGCCGGCGCCUCUUCCGAAAGCGCCUCGACGAGGAGGACGAGGUCGACGACGCGUGGCACCCGUGCCACGACGUGACGACGAAGGCCGCCUGCGGCGCGGCGACGCGCGAGCACGAAGGCGUCACCUCGGCAUGCGCCUGGGAGCGGUCGACGUUCUGCGAGGACGAGGCGUCGUGCCUCGCCGCGGGCGAGUGCGUCGGCGGCUACGAGCACGAACGCGUCGGCGUCCGGAACGAGUGCAAGGACAAGGACUGGACCCACGGCGACCUCUGUUACUACUACGACGAGCAGACGCGGCGGACCGCCGAGUGCGGCGACUGCGAGUGGGACGUGCCCGGCGUCUGCGUCGACGCGUCCAAGGCCCGCGACGAGUGCGCGAGUUAUGAUCACGAGCACCCCUACGGCUGCCGCAUGGUCGACGGCGCGAUCCACACGCGGGAGGCGUGCGCGGACGCCGGCGGCGAGUGGUUCCUGCCGGCGACGACGAAGGCCGAGUGCCUCGCGUUCCUCGGCUGCGAGGAGACGUUCGGCCACGAGGUGACGUCCAAGAGCGAGGCCGAGUGCGACAAGUGCGGCGGCGUCUACGGCCCGCGCUACGCGUGGGCCGACGGCCUCUGGACGCCGCCCGUCGUCCGCGACCUCGCGUGGUUCCCGCGGACGGAGAUGACGCCGGCGAGGCUCGUGCAGAAGCGGGCGACGGAGCGGCGGCUCGACGAGCAGCUCCGGGGGCCCAUGAUGCGCGCCUUCGUCCAGCGGCGCGUCGUCGAGAAGUUCCUCAAGUACUCCAUGUGGCUCGACGUCGUCCUCGACCUCCUCUGCCGCUGCGGCUCCGCGGGCGCCGACGUCUGCGAGACCCGCGCCGCCGGCGGCGGCGUCGCGGCGACGGCGACGGGCUUCUGCGACGAGCUCCGGCCGCUGAGCCUCGGCUGCGCCGACGCCGUCCUCGAGAAGUCCUGCGGCGGCGGCGGCGGCGGCGGCCGGCGCCUCGCGAGCGGCGGCGCCGUGGACCUCACGUUCGCGCCGUUCUCCGCGGGCGACUUCCCCGGCGUCGCGAAGCUCGCGGGCGCCGGCUGCCACGACGACGCGGCGUCCGUCGACGCGCUCGCCGUAUUCGACGCGCGCGGGCUCGUCGUCGCGCAGCUCCUCGGCGACGGCAUGACCGUCGACGCCGGCGGCGCGGCCUUCGACGCGCUCAAGUACGGGCUGCCGGUGGCGGGCGGCUUCAACCGCCGCGCGGACCUCUUCCCCGCGCUGGCGGUGAUGCGGUGGGACCCGGCGUCGGGGACGCACGCGUUCCUCGACGACGAGGCCCACCAGGUGCGCGCGUCGGGAUCGAAGCACGCCUUCGAGCUCCGCGCCGCGGGCACGUACUUCCCCGUCGCGCGCGUCGCCGACGCGUUCCUCGACGGCGCUAGGACCGUCGCGUGCCCGGCCUGCGACCACGGCGUCUGCGUCGUCGCCGCGGGCGGCGCCGCGUCGUGCCUCUGCCACUGCGGCUACUCCGGGGCGCUCUGCGCCGACGGCUGCCCGAACGGCUGCUCGGGCAGCGGCGAGUGCGUCGACGGCGCGUGCGCCUGCGGCGCCGCGCGGACGGGCGACGACUGCUCCGUCGUCGACUGCCCCGUCGUCGGCGGCAAGCCCUGCUCGGGCAACGGCUCGUGCCGGUCCAACGGCGCCUGCGAGUGCGACGGCGAACACAAGCACGGCGACCUCGACGCCUGCGAGCUGCCCAUGUUCGCGGCGCGUCCGGACGACGUCGCCGCGGGCGCGAGCGGCUACGAAUCGUUCCCGGCGCCGAACCCGGAGACGGCCUACGACGGCCUCGGCGGCGACGGUUUCCGCUUUCCGUCGCCGUCGUCCGCGCCCGCGACCACGUCCACGACGACCACGACGCGGCCUCCUACGCCCGCCCCCACGACCACGACGACCACGACGCGGCCUCCUACGCCCGCCCCCACGACCACGACCACGACGCCCGCGACGACGACGACCGAGCCGCCCAAGGCGUGCGAGGACCGGUCCACCGAGAAGUCGUGCGACAAGGACGCGGCCUGCAAGUGGAAGGCCGGCCAGGGCAAGUGCGUCGACGACAGCGGCGCGACGACGCCGCCGGCGACCACGACGGCGCCCGUGCAGACGCAGCCCGUCGGCGACAGCGGCGAGUUCGGCCAAGGUGACGGUGAUUUCACGGAAGGCGGCGCAGGCACGUGCGCCGACAACACGAAGAAGGACUCGUGCAAGGACGCGGGCUGCACGUGGGACGGGAAGUCCUCCCCGAAAUGCCAGCCCGGCGGGUCCGGCGGCGAGGGCGAGGAUGAGGCCGAGGCCGAGGCCGUCAAAGCCCCGAAGUGCAAGAAACUCAAGACCAAGGAUGAGUGCAAGGCGAACAAGAAGACGUGCGAGUGGACGAAGGACAAGUGCAAGGACAAGCCGUCCGGCGGGUCCGGCGGCGAGGGCGAGGAUGAGGCCGAGGCCGAGGCCGAGGCCGUCAAAGCCCCGAAGUGCAAGAAACUCAAGACCAAGGAUGAGUGCAAGGCGAACAAGAAGACGUGCGAGUGGACGAAGGACAAGUGCAAGGACAAGCCGUCCGGGUCCGGCGGCGAGGGCGAGGAUGAGGCCGAGGCCGAGGCCGUCAAAGCCCCGAAGUGCAAGAAACUCAAGACCAAGGAUGAGUGCAAGGCGAACAAGAAGACGUGCGAGUGGACGAAGGACAAGUGCAAGGACAAGCCGUCCGGGUCCGGCGGCGAGGAUGAGGCCGAGGCCGAGGCCGAGGCCGUCAAAGCCCCGAAGUGCAAGAAACUCAAGACCAAGGAUGAGUGCAAGGCGAACAAGAAGACGUGCGAGUGGACGAAGGACAAGUGCAAGGACAAACCGUCCGGGUCCGGCGGCGAGGGCGAGGAUGAGGCCGAGGCCGAGGCCGAGGCCGUCAAAGCCCCGAAGUGCAAGAAACUCAAGACCAAGGAUGAGUGCAAGGCGAACAAGAAGACGUGCGAGUGGACGAAGGACAAGUGCAAGGACAAAGACGUGGCGCUCGUCGGGACGGGCAUGGGCGUCGCGCACGUGCUGUCGCCGGACCACCUGAGCGCGCUGGCGACGCUGAGCGCGAACGGCGGGGCCGGCGCCUUCCGCCUGGGCGUGCGCUGGGGCGUGGGCCACUCCACGGGCAUGCUCGGCAUGGCCUGCGCGCUGCUCGCCGUGACCUGGGGCGGCGAGCGCGCCGCGGCCGACCGCGGCGGCGGCGGCGCGGCCGACGCGCUCGCGCGCGACCUCUCGAUGUACUGCAACGCGCUCGUCGGCGCGACCAUGGUCGCCAUCGGCGCGCACGGCGCCCUCCGCGCGCGCGCGCGGCGCAAGCGCGCGGACGACGGCGGCGGCGGCGACGACGCGGACCCGCUCCUCGAGGGCGGCGCGCGCGACCGCGACGACGACGACGACGACCGCAAGCGCCACCACCACCACCACCACCACCACGGCUGCGAGGGCGGCGACCGCGGCGCGCUCGCGCUCUGCGUCGGCGUCGUCCACGGCCUCACGCACGUCGUCUGGGUGCUGCCCGUGCUCGAGCUGCCGACGGCGGCGGCGGCCGCGGCGUACCUCGGCGCGUUCUCGGUCACGUCGACGGUCGUCAUGGGCGGCUUCGCCGCGGCUUGGGGCGGCGCGACGCGGCGCUACGCGGCGUCGUCCGCGGAGCUGACCUUCAGACUGGCCGCGGCGUCGAGCGGGUUGUCCGUCGCCGUCGGGCUCCUUUGGCUCGGGCUCCUCGCAACGGGCGGCCUCGACGGCGCCGUCCUCGGCCACGACCACGGCCACGGCGCCCGCGGCCACGGGUGA